AUCGAUGAGCAUCGAAUAUUAUCUGCUCUGGAGGUAAAGGAGCUAGAUCUGCAAGACCCUUUCCAUCCAUCUUCUCCUCUUACACCGCCUCUUCUUUCCCAUACUCCCCGAGACCAUCAUCCAUCGUGACAUACCCCUUACUCCAUAUCCCGCAUCUCAAUAACAAGAAUGUCUGCCCAACAGCCCGUCCUCGUUGAGUCCGCCUCCCUUCACGGCAAGGUCGCCCUUAUCACUGGCGCUGGUCGCGGUAUCGGCAGAGGAUGUGCCAUUGAGCUCGGCAAGCGUGGUGCCAGCGUCGUGGUCAACUACCAGAGCAGCAAGAAGGACGCCGAGGAGGUCUGCAAGAUCAUUGAGGCUACCGGAACGGGCGCCAAGGCUGUCGCCAUUCAGGCCGAUGUCAGCAAGCCAUCCGAGAUCGAGCGCCUGUUCCAAGAGACCAAGAAAGCGUUCGGCAAGAUCAACAUUGUCAUGAGCAACAGCGGUACGGAGUCGUGGGACAAGACUGAGGAAAUCACCGAGGAGAAGUACGACCACGUCUUCAACCUCAACGCUCGCGCACAGUUCUUCGUUGGUCAAGCAGCAUGGAAGCACCUCGAGAACAACGGGCGCCUGAUCCUCAUGAGCUCCAUCGCCGCUGGUCUUCUCGGCGUUCGGGAUCACGUUCUUUACAACGCAUCCAAGAUGGCUGUCAUUGGUAUGAUCAAGGCGUUCGCCACCGACUUCGGUGUGCGCGGCAUCACUGUCAAUGGUGUCGCUCCAGGUGGGAUCAAGUCGGACAUGUUCACGCAGAACGCAUGGCACUACAUUCCAGGUGCCACUCCAGACUGGCCAGCAGAGAAGAUCGAGGGCAUGAUGGCUGAGCACUGUCCACUCAAGCGCUGUGCUACCCCAGAGGACGUGGCUCGUGUGGUAGCAUUCAUUGCUUCCGAGGAUGGCGGCUGGGUCAACGGCCAAGUCAUCACCAUCUCCGGCGGAUCUUCCCAGUAGAUGCUGCAGGGUUUCAGUAGUAGUGCAUGGGAAUCAGGAGCAUGGCUGUAACGAAUUGGGAUUUUGUAUGGAAGAUACCAGGUGGCGAUCAGUGCAGGGCUUGGGAUAGAUGGGAUAGGAUCAAAA